GGGAAUUCGACUAUCACGAACAAUGGCUUCCGACUCAUCGAGCCAAGAACCUGGCUUGCAGUCGCGCAAGCCGAGUGUACGGAAACGUGCCCAGCUAUGGAUGACCAAGGGGGGUCUUGUCCGGGACGACUCCGAUGACGAGCUGGGGGAAGAAGACCACCCAUGGGAGUGGAUCUACGACACAGAGGACACUGAUGAUCAGGAUAGCAAACCGACGGCCGACUCUGCGCAAGAUACCCCGAAGUCGAUGCGCAGACGCUCCGUCCGUCCUAAUGCCAAACGCUCCCAAAAGAUAGUCGGUGCUCGCAUGGGCUCGUUCGAAUGCGCCCUGGGCCAGGUGGUGCUGCUCAAGUCCCCGGAGCCCGGCAAGGAUUGGAUCGGAAUCAUCACAGAGUUCCUGGAACAAGAGGAUGAUGACGAUGAACUCAUCAAGUCGGCCAAUAUCAUGUGGUUUGCCUCUCCGGACGAGUUCAUGUCGACGAAGAACAAGAGACGAUCGGAUGCCCUACCCAACGAACAAUACUUGACGGCGGACUUCAAUGUCAACCCCCUCACCUCUAUCAACGGCAGAGCCACGGUCAUGUCGAAGGAUGCGUUUUACGCCAAAUAUCCUGGAGGUGUCCCUCCGAAGGGAAAGGAAGCUCUGGCGGAAUUCAACAAGUGCAUUGUGUGUCGCAGAGGAGUGAACCAAGUUCAGGGAAGAUAUACCGAAGAGUUCAUCUGGGAAGAGGUUUAUCGAGAGGAUAGAUUGUUUGAUCUUAUUGAUAUGAUCAAGAAUGGGCUCAAGGUAGCCAAGAAACGCAAGCAGGUUGAUAAUGAUUAUGUCGAAAGUCAAAAUGAAGAGGACGUUGCUCCGAGUACACCCAGGAAAAGGCAAAAAGUGGCUUCAAAUGCCACACCUCAAUCCAGACGUCAGAAAUCCUUGACCACCCCGACUCAUAAGAGGAUCGUUGUCAAAAAACCACUCGAGUUUACUCCUCUUGGUACCCGUAUUUUGUCACCAUCACAAUUAGCCUCUCCUUAUCGACAGGCGCGGACUCUCCUCCAUGUGUCUACCGUGCCGCAAUCGCUCCCUUGCCGGAAAACGGAGUUUGACGCAGUCUACAGCCAUCUUAGUGCAGCCAUCAUGGAAGGGACGGGUACUUGUAUCUACAUCUCUGGCACACCCGGAACGGGUAAGACAGCAACCGUUCGCGAGGUCGUGGCUCAGCUGAACGCCGCCGUCUUGGCGGAAGAAAUGGACGAUUUCAUCUUCGUUGAGAUCAAUGGCAUGAAGGUGACUGACCCUCAUCAGUCUUACUCUCUGCUCUGGGAGGCCCUUAAAGGUGAUCGUGUAUCUCCGUCUCACGCUUUAGAUCUUCUUGAACGGGAGUUCUCGCACCCUUCCCCACGGCGAGUGUCCUGCGUCGUCUUGAUGGACGAACUGGAUCAACUCGUCACCAAGAACCAGUCGGUCAUGUACAAUUUCUUCAACUGGCCCGCCCUACGACACUCCCGACUCAUCGUUCUCGCCGUGGCCAAUACCAUGGAUCUCCCCGAGCGAACCUUGAGCAACAAGAUUUCCAGCCGUCUCGGCCUCACCCGUAUCACCUUCCCUGGCUACAAACACACCGACUUGAUGGAGAUCAUAAGUACACGACUUGCCAACGUGCCAGGUAACAUCGUGGACGCAGAUGCCAUCCAAUUCGCCAGCCGCAAAGUCGCCGCCGUCAGCGGUGACGCGCGUCGCGCCCUAGACAUCUGCCGUCGUGCCGUUGAGAUUGCCGAACAACAAGCCAACGAGGCCGCUCGUAAAGAGCCCCUCGAAACCAUCGACGAAGACGACACCGAAUCGAUGCCCCCCACCCCGAGCAAAACCCCCGCUCGCAAAGACUGGGCAUCCAACCAGAAGACCCUCCUCCCCCCGUCCCAAAAGAAAGCCCAACCCACCACCACUGGCACCAACAAACCCAUCGUCGGGCGCGUCACCAUCGCCACAAUCAAACAAGCCAUCCAAGAAGCCACCUCCACCCCGCUCCAGCAAUCCCUCCGCUGUCUGCCCCUGGCCGCGAAGCUCUUCCUCGCCGCCCUCCUCGCCCGGGUCCGCCGCACUGGCAUCUCCGAGUCCACCGUCGGCGACGUCAUCGACGAAGCCAAGCGCAUCGCCGACGCAGCCGUCGCCGUCGCUAGCGCGGCCGGCGUCGGCAUCCGGGAGUUCUUGCUUGUCGGCGGCAGCGGCGCGCGCGUGCGCGCGCUGGGAUCCGCGGCCAUGGAGCUCAUGAACUCGGGCGUGCUGGCGUUAGAGCACAGUGCGGGCGCGAAGGGCCCUCUCGGCAGCGCGGCUAUUCCGCAUCGGGGGGACCGUAGCGGGAAGGUGCGGUUGCGGGUCGCAGCGGAGGAUGUGCGCUCGGCGUUCUGUGACGAUGCAGAGGCCAAGGGGUUGGGGCUGGGGAUCGAGCAGUGA